CGCGACCACACGGCACAGACACAGAGGAGGAAGUGACGGGUUUUUUUUCACCCCGUAAACUGAUUAAAUUAAAUUAAUUGGGCGCGUGUUUGUGACGUAUUAAAUCGCUGGACCCAGACGAGGUUCUGAGAUGUGGCUUCAAACCGCCGCCGAAGGUGGACGUUAGUUCGGUGCUAGUCCCGGAGCGCACCGGGCCCGGGGCUGUUUGUGUCCCGGGUUAAAGCAGGAAGAUGCUGACCCGGAUCAGCCUGGUUCUGCUGUCCUGGUUCUGUGUACGGAGCCGGGGCCAGCUGUUGGAUGAUAAGAGCUGGACGGACCAGGAUGUGUUGUCCGACGGUCUCUGUCGCUACGGCAACAGCGUAGAGUGCUGCUGGGGCUGGAGACAGAUGGGCCGAGGGCGCUGUCAGCCUUACUGUCAGCAGGGCUGUAAACAUGGGGAGUGUGUUGGACCAGACAGAUGCAAAUGUCACCCAGGAUACACCGGCAAGGCCUGUAACCAAGACCUGAAUGAGUGUGGUCUGAAGCCUCGGCCCUGUAAGCAUCGCUGCAUGAACACACUGGGCAGCUACAAGUGUUACUGUGUGGACGGAUACACACUGCAGCCGGACGGCAGCUGCAGGAAUGCUCAAACCUGUUACCAUGCCAACUGUCAGUACGGCUGUGAGGUAUCCAAGGGGGCGGUCCGAUGCACCUGUCCGUCGCCGGGGUUACGGCUGGGACCAGACAGACGCACCUGUGUGGACAUCGAUGAGUGUGUGUUGGGCGGCGCCGUGUGCCCUCGUCACAGGAAGUGCGUGAACACGUUUGGGAGCUUCAUGUGUAAAUGUCACCUCGGCUUCAAACUCACGUACAUCAGCGGACGGUACAUCUGCAUCGAUAAAGACACUCGGCCAUUCUGCUCUCUGAAUCCGUCCUCUCCAAAGUGCAGGUGCAAAGAUGGCAGCUGUAAAGCCGUGCCCAGAGUCACUCUGGAGCCACAGAGACCAAGAACUACAACUCCCAUCAGCCCCACAGCUACAACUCUGCAGCCUGUCACCACAGCAACCGCUACCAUGACACCAGCCUCAACUACGACAGCAGCACCUGCCCCGGCUACUACUGCGGCUGCUACUACCACACCGGUUACUAUGGUUACCACACCUGUUACUACUACUACUACUACCACACCUGUUACUACGGCUACCACACCUGUUACUGCGGUUACCAUACCUGUUACUACGGUUACCACACCUGUUACUGCGGCUACCACACCUGUUACUACGGUUACCACACCUGUUACUGCGGUUACCACACCUGUUACUACGGCUACCACACCUGUUACUGCGGUUACCAUACCUGUUACUACGGCUACCACACCUGUUACUGCGGCUACCACACCUGUUACUACGGUUACCACACCUGUUACUGCGGUUACCACACCUGUUACUACGGUUACCACACCUGUUACUAUGGUUACCACACCUGUUUCUACUACUUGUACAAGUACAACAACACCUCGUACUACGACGGCAUCGACUCCUCUGCCUGCACCUGAACUGGACACUACAAACCCAACAACACCUACUGUUACUACUACAGAGGUAACAACAGUCAGCACAGUUGCCCUGACAACCACAACGCUACCCACUACCAUCGCCAUGGUAACGACCACAUUGAACAACAGGAUCAACAAGGACGUGACACAGAAGCAGAGGGGAGACGUGCAUAUCCCUCGACAUCCCAAUCACAACCAGGUGUGGGAGUUUGAUAUCGAGCUGGGAAACACAGCCGAGGACGCCAGAGAUGAUCCUGAGGCUGGUGUGCUGCACUGUACGUUCGAUCACGGAGUGUGUGAUUGGUUGUCGGACAGAGAGGGAGACCUACACUGGGAAACGUCUCACAACCCUGCAGGUGGGCGAUACCUGUCUGUCCCAGAGCUGAAGGCGGGACAAAGGAGCGUCCGCGGCGCACGAUUGGCUGUCCAAAUCGUCCCACCCUGGAGCUUCGGCGACCUGUGCUUCUCCUUCUCUCAUUGGCUGACGGGGCACCAUGUGGGCGUGCUGCAGCUGUUCGUCAGGACGAAGGGACGAGAGCGAAGGUAUGGCCCCGCCCUCUGGAGCAGGACGGGCGGACAUGGUUGGAGACACACACAGGUUACCUUGACAACACACUCUCUGGACAGGGUGCUGCUGAAGGCCGAGCGGCGGCGGGGAUGGCGUGGACAGAUUGCUGUUGAUGAUGUCACACUGAGGCAGGGGGCGUGUCGAUGACAUCACUGCGUGGUCGUCGCCCAGUUCUUCAGCCGCUCGUACGGAUUGUGACGCCUCAGCUUUUCACCAUCAGGUUCACCUGCACAGCUGCACUGUCCACACCUGUCUGCUCUGAGGACAGGUGUCCACAUCAGCCUCACAGUCCAGCUCAGAGACCUGCACCUGGAGGAACAGGGACGUGUUUAUAUGUUCACAGGUAAAAAUGAAGUGACUGAAGAUGAAACACAGUCUCCGUGGACACGUGGACAUGUGGACAGAUGUCACUGCAGAGUGUCUUCUUGAUGAUUUAUUAUUGAUUUGUGAGGACGGACCCUCAGGUCUCUGACAGGACGGAGGAACACGGAGACUGGCUGGCUGUUAUUGUGAUGCUGUGACUCUCAGCUUCACUUUGUGUUUAAAAGUAUUUUAAAAUGUUAACGUCUUUUUAAAAUCUGUAUAAAUAUAUAGAUACAGAUUUACAGGAAGUGACACGACCUGUGUUUCAAAGUAAAACUCAGCGACUG